AUGGAUCAAUUGAAAAGCGCUAUACCCAUUGCAAAAGAUGAGGUUUAUCAUUAUAUUGAAUUGUUGAAACAAAAGAUUCAAUUGUCCUUUGCAGAAUUACAGCCCUACAUUGAUUAUACCAAGUCGAUGACUGCCGAGGAAAUCUUAGAUGACUUCAAAAACUUGAAGGUUAACCCAAUCACCGUGUCCUUGACAUUGUUUUCCUUGACCACUAUAUUCAUUAUAGGAAGGUUAUUAGGCAAUCCCUCGUCAUCAUCAUUAAAUGGAACUGGUACCAAAAGUGGCCAUAGCGAGCACGAUGAAAAGAAACACAAGAAGAAAUCAUCUUCAGGUAAGAAAAAGUUGAGUAAAGCUCAAAAAGCCAACCGUGAAAUUCAAGAUAUCUUAGAUUUCGUUGAACUGAAAUAUGUACCUGAAAUUGAUAAAUAUAUAGAAGACUACAAAAGCUUAACUGAAGAUGAAGCCGUUAAUAAGUUUAAUUUUUUCCAAGAAAUGUUGUUGAAGGAAACAUUGAAACUAGAUGCCAUUGAUGUUAUCGGUAACGAAAUUUUGAGAGAAAAUAGGAGAAAAGUUAUUAAAUUUAUUCAAGAUCAUCAAAAGAGAUUGGAUAAGUUUAGAAAGGAUGUGGCUGGUGCCAAUGUCAUUACUUCUGCCUAA